AUGCCUGGGGGGUGCUCCCGGGGCCCCGCCGCCGGGGACGGGCGGCUGCGGCUGGCGCGGCUGGCGCUGGUCCUCCUGGGCUGGGUCUCCUCGUCCUCUCCCACCUCCUCGGCGUCCUCCUCCACCUCUUCGGCGUCGUUCCCGGCCUCCGCCGCGUCCGCCCGGCCCCCGCUGCCGGACCAAUGCCCCCCGCCGUGCGAAUGCUCCGAGGCGGCGCGCACCGUCAAGUGCGUGAACCGCAACCUGACCGAGGUGCCCGCUGACCUGCCCCGCUACGUGCGCAACCUCUUCCUCACCGGCAACCAGCUGGCCGUGCUCCCCGCUGGCGCCUUCGCCCGCCGGCCGCCGCUGGCCGAGCUGGCCGCGCUGAACCUCAGCGGCAGCCUCCUGGAGGAGGUGCGCGCCGGCGCCUUCGAGCACCUGCCCAGCCUGCGCCAGCUCGACCUCAGCCACAACCCGCUGGCCGACCUCAACCCCUUCGCAUUUUCGGGCAGCAAUGCCAGUGUCUCGGCCCCCAGCCCCUUGGUAGAACUGAUCCUGAACCACAUCGUGCCCUCUGCGGAGGAGCGGCAGAACCGGAGCUUCGAGGGCAUGGUGGCGGCAGCCUUGCGGGCGGGCCACGCGCUGCAGGGACUCCGCCGCCUGGAGCUGUCCAGCAACCACUUCCUUUACCUGCCUGGCGAUGUGCUGGCCCAACUGCCCGGACUCAGACAUCUGGACUUGAGUAACAACUCCCUGGUGAGCCUGACCUACCUGUCCUUCCGCAACCUGACACACCUAGAAAGCCUCCACCUGGAGGACAAUGCCCUCAAGGUCCUUCACAACGGCACCCUGGCUGAGCUGCAAGGCCUGCCCCAUGUCAGGGUCUUCCUGGACAACAAUCCCUGGGUCUGCGACUGCCACAUGGCGGACAUGGUAGCCUGGCUCAAGGAGACAGAGGUAGUACAGGGCAAAGCUAGGCUCACCUGUGCAUUCCCGCAGAAAAUGAGGCAUCGUGUCCUCUUGGAACUCAACAGCUCCGAUCUGGACUGUGACCCUAUCCUCCCUCCAUCCCUGCAGACUUCUUAUGUCUUCCUGGGUAUUGUUUUAGCCCUGAUAGGCGCUAUUUUCCUCCUGGUUUUGUAUUUGAACCGCAAGGGGAUAAAAAAGUGGAUGCAUAACAUCAGAGAUGCCUGCAGGGAUCACAUGGAAGGGUAUCAUUACAGAUAUGAAAUCAAUGCGGACCCCAGGUUAACAAACCUCAGUUCUAAUUCGGAUGUCUGAGAAACAUUAGAGGACACAACAAGGACAACUCUGCAUGAGGUAUAGACUUAAGCUUUACCCGUCCUAGGCUUGCUCCAUUUCCACUCUCCACUCUAGACAUCACUGAUCUUGAGAGCUGUUGAAGGGGAUUUGCAUCCUUGUUAUGUAAAGUUUCUUGGUAUGUUCAAUUAAUGUAAGACAAUGAACAACUGUGCAUAGUGUUUUACCCUCUUCCUUUUCUUGGAACUCCUCAACACGUGUGGAGGGAUUUUUCAAGUUUCAGCAUGAACAUGGACUCCUUGUGGUCUGUCUCUCUUAGUACAGUUCAAGGUGUAGCAAGUGUACCCACACAGAUAGCAUUCAACAAAA